AUGUGGGCAGCAGUACGGCAUUACAGCAGCAAGACGCUGUUUUUGAAGCCGGCGAAGUUUGAUGUCAAGAGGAUCAUCAGGGACAUAGGGCUGUAUAAGGACUCUAUCGCUCGGCGGGAGCUAGUGGGUCAGGAGCAGUUGGUUGGUGCCCUGGAUGGGCAGCUUGCCGCUACUUAUGAGAGGACGAAAGAUAUACAUGCCAAGAUUUCGGCGGUGCAAACUGAGAGGAAAGCGCUCGAGUUCAGUAUUCGGCAACAUAAAGUGCAUGGUGAUGAAGUAUUGAAGGAGCUGAGAUCACUCAAGUCUCAAUUCAGUGCCCUCGCUGAACAAUUGCAAGAAGCCAACUCUAAAAUUCAGGAUAUAUGCCUACGAUUGCCAAACUUGAUACAUGAGUCGGCGCCCGAUACAGCGCCUGUGAUAGACCGAUGGAUCAACAAGGGUCUUUAUGAAUCGUUCGAACAACAGGAAAACAGAGACCACGUAUACAUUAUGACUAAGUGCAAACAACUCUUGGACCUGGCCAGUGCAUCCAAUAUUUCAGGCAAUUCGUGGUACUACCUUAUUAACGAAGGAGCUCAACUAGAGACUGCAUUGGUCAAUUAUGCAUUGGAUCAGGCAGAGAAGCACGGAUUCCAGCGUUGUAUUCCACCUAGCAUUGCUCGCAAAGAGAUAAUUGAUGCAUGUGGAUUUACUCCCAGAGAUAUGAACAAUGAGAAGCAGAUCUAUGAGAUAGAAGACGGUAAUAACAAACUUGGACUUACCGCUACAGCUGAAAUAACGUUGGCAGGGAUGAAUGCCAACAAAAUAUUGGAUUUGGACGAAAAUAAUCCAACUAAAAGGUUGGUUGGUGUAAGUAGGAGUUACAGAGCCGAGGCUGGUGCGAGAGGGAAAGACACUAAGGGUUUAUAUAGAGUUCAUGAGUUUACCAAAGUGGAACUGUUCUGUUGGUCAUUGCCGCAACAUAGUGAGAAGGUUUUAGAGGAUCUGAAAGAAUUCCAGGUUAAAUUAAUAAGUGAUUUGGGUCUUUGUGCUCAGGUCCUCAACAUGCCUGCCAAUGAUCUGGGAAAUCCAGCUUAUAAGAAGUAUGACAUUGAAGUCUGGAUGCCAGGUAGAGGUAAAUUUGGUGAAGUAAGUAGUACUUCGAAUUGUACUGAUUUCCAAAGCAGAAGGCUAUUCACAAGAUACCAGAAUAAAGAGUCAUCUAAACUGGAGUACGUGCACACACUAAAUGGUACAGCUAUGGCUGUUCCUAGAAUGAUUCUAGCAAUUAUUGAAAACUUCUACGAUCCAUCAACGAAUAUGGUUACAGUACCUAGUCCAUUGAUACCGUAUAUGAACGGAAAGACCAAAUUUUAG